GUGAAAUAACUAUUACAAUUUUGUUGUGCGUUUUUAUACAUACGCACAAAAAUGUUAAUUUUGUUGCGAACACAAUCGGAGGUGCGACUCCGCACUGUCACGCGACUGCUAGCAGCACAGCUGGUGGCGCAGCCGAAACAAGCGUUUUCCACGACAACGAGCGAACAUUAUGAUAUUAUAAUUGGUGGAGGAGGACUUGUUGGUACUACCUUGGCAGCUGCAGUGGCAAAAAAUAAAACACUUGCCGAUAAGAAGGUCUUGCUCUUGGAGGGCGCACCCGAAUUUAAAGGCUUUGAUGGAAAGGGACCCUACCACAAUCGAGUCUCGGCCAUUAAUAGUAACUCUAUACAGCUGUUCAAGGCAAUUGACGCCUGGUCGCACAUUGAGGCAUCACGAUACAAGCCGGUUAAGCAGAUGCAAGUGUGGGAAUCCAACAGCGAUGCUCUCAUACAAUUUCAGCAUGAAAACUUCGCUAAUGGUGUAGCCUGCAUUAUUGAGAAUGAUUUGAUACUGGAUGCUGUCUACGCGCGAGUGAAGGAGGCAUGUAAUGUAAAAGUGUUGAACCGGGCGCGCAUCGAGAGUGUGCGCUUGCCUCAAGAUUCUGGCUGCUCAAACUCUGAGGUGACGCUGCAAGAUGGACGUCAGUUUACGUGCGAACUGCUUGUAGGUGCAGACGGUGCCAAUUCUGUGGUGCGCAAGCAAAUGGGAGUGGACGUAUUUUCGCUUAACUAUGAACGCAUGGGCCUGGUUGCCACACUGGAACUGAGCGAUGACGCUGGUGAUAACGCAGUGGCGUGGCAACGAUUCUUGCCUACGGGUCCGGUGGCACUGCUACCGCUUAGCGAAAAGGAAAGUUCCCUGGUGUGGAGCACGACGGUGUCGCAUGCCAAGGAGUUGCAGGCAAUGCCUCCAGAGCAAUUUGUGGAAGUUCUAAACGAAGCUUUCUGCCGGCAGUAUCCGCGUGUUGAUCUAGCAGAUAAGGCAGUCCAGGCACUGAACGCUUUCUUUGGCCACACCUCGGCUCAGCACCAUCGUCAAUAUCCGCCACGUGUGUGCAAUGUGAAGGAGCGAUCUCGUGCCACCUUUCCAUUGGGUUUUCUGCACGCCUCCUCAUAUGUUUGCCGAGGUGCUGCCUUAGUUGGCGAUGCAGCGCAUCGUGUGCAUCCACUGGCCGGUCAGGGUGUCAAUUUGGGUUUUAGUGACGUUCGCUAUCUGGUAGAAUCGUUAGCUUCCGGCGCAUAUGCAGGCUUUAAGUUAGGCGACAAACAACAUUUGGUUAAGUACGAGCAAAAAUGUUUAACAAAGAAUGUGCCUAUUAUGAUUGGAGUUCAUGGUCUACACACGCUUUACUCCACUGACUUCAGUCCAGUGGUGCUGCUUCGGAGUUUGGGUCUACAACUAACUCAGAAUCUUCCACCCAUUAAGAAUUUGUUUAUGAAGCAAGCCAUGGGCUAAAUAUUAAGUGGGAUUGGUCAGAGCAGCUUAGCUUAAGUAUGUUCAAGUAUAGUUCACGAAUAAAGUUUUCUUACAUUCUAAAAUA